GAACACCACCACCCACCCCGCUGGAAUAGAGAGCCUUGUCUUGUCCUCACUCUCGUCCGAGCUACUACUGCGCUGCGUCCACCACUCGUCUUCUCGCGCGCACCAACUGUUCGCGGAAAUGCCGAGCACGGGGCGGCGACGCAGUGCUGCUGCUCUGGCUGUGGUGGUGCUGGCGGUGGUGGUGGUGGUGCUCGCCCGGUCGCUGGAAGGGGUGGAUGGGGCCGGCGCGGGUGGAGGGAACGCGACGUGCCCGCUCGACCUGAGCUACGUGCCGACGUUCCCGUGGGACGCCGCGCUGUGCGCCGGCGGCGCGCGGAACAUGACGGGGUGCUGCAUGACGCUGCUGUCCGUGUUCGCCAUCGGCCUCGCGGGGCAGGUCCGCGCCACGGGCCGCUUCCGCAUCCCGUCGGUGGGGGCGUCCGCGGCCUGCCUCAGGGACUUCGGGGCGAAGCUCUCGGCGCCGCCGCUCUCCCUCCCGGGCGCGUCCCUCGUGCCGGCCUGCUUCCCCUCGCCGGACCAGUUCGUCGCCUCGCCGUCCUUCUGCGCAGGGGUGACCACCGCCGCGGAGUACAGGGCGGUGGUCGGGAACGACUCCGUCGCCGCGCUGGAUUUCGCAUGCGGCGCCGACCUCUCAUCGCUGCCGCUCUGCUUGCGCUGCCUCGACGCGGGCAUCGCCGCCACCUCCCGCCUCAAGGCCGCCGCCAACGUGUCCGGCAACUCUUCCGCCUCCGACACCGCGAUGAACUGCUUCUACCUCACCGUCACGUACGCGGCCGGCAUCUCCAACGCUGCCGGCCCCACCUUUCCGUCUACCGCCGGUUGCACCCUCGGCCUCGCCCUCUCCACCCCUCCCGCCGCACCAUCCAAACCCCACGACACGGUGAUCUUCGCCGCCGCUAUCCCCAUCGCACUCCUCCUCGCCUCGCUUCUCGCGUUCUUUAUCUGGAGGAGACGUGACAAGAAGAAAAAGAUUCACGAGAUCUCCAAAGAGGGAUCGGCGGAGCGGCGGUCGCAUCCGCGGCCGAACACCGGGUCGAUCCUGUUCGACAUUGCCGAGCUGUCCAGGGCAACGGACAGCUUCGCCGACGGCAACCUCGUCGGGCGCGGUGGGUUCGGGGCCGUCUACCGCGGCGUUCUCGCCGACGGGUCAGUGGUCGCCGUGAAGAAGAUGCUCGACCCGGACGUGGAGGGCGGGGACGAGGAGUUCACCAACGAGGUGGAGAUCAUCAGCCACCUCCGGCACCGCAACCUGGUGCCGCUCCGUGGCUGCUGCAUCGUCGACGACGACGCCGAGGAAGGGAAGCAGAAGUUCCUCGUGUACGACUUCAUGCCCAAUGGCGCGCUCGAGGACUUCAUCUUCCGGGACGUGGAAGGAGGCAGCAAGCGUCCGGCGUUGACAUGGGCGCAGCGGCGGAGCAUAAUCAUGGACGUGGCGAGGGGGCUGGAGUACCUGCACUACGGCGUCAAGCCGGCGAUCUACCACCGGGACAUCAAGGCGACCAACAUCCUGCUCGACGGCGAGAUGCGCGCGCGCGUGGCGGACUUCGGGCUGGCCAGGAGGAGCCGGGAGGGGCAGUCCCACCUCACGACGCGCGUCGCCGGCACGCACGGCUACCUGGCGCCGGAGUACGCGCUGUACGGGCAGCUGACGGAGAAGAGCGACGUCUACAGCUUCGGCGUGCUGGUGCUCGAGAUACUGAGCGGCCGGCGCGUCCUCGACAUGGCGGCUCCGGCAGGGCCCGUGCUGAUCACCGACUGGGCAUGGACGCUCGUCAAGGCCGGCCAGGCGAGGGAGGUGCUCGACGGGGCGCUGUCGACGGCGGAGAGCCCGAGGGGAGGCACCAUGGAGAGGUUUGUGCUCGUCGGGAUCCUGUGCGCGCACGUCAUGGUGGCGCUCCGGCCGACCAUCACCGAGGCGGUGAAGAUGCUGGAGGGGGACAUGGACAUACCGGAGCUACCGGACCGGCCGCUGCCGUACGGGCACAACUUCAUGUUCAGCGAAGCCGGAAGCAACUUCAGCGCCUCGCCGGCAUUCAGCGGCCCGUUCAUGGACAAUGGGGACAUGCUCAGGUGAUCUUUUCUUGGCGAAUUCUUCAAGGAUCAUACAACCUAGAUAAGAACAGUAGAGAUGUAGUAGCUCGUGCGGAUUCUGAUCGACUGAACUCCAGAAUCAUGUUUCAUUAUCUCUUGAUUUGUAUUGAUUUUUUUUU